AGCAUGCAGGUUGUUAUUAUUUACUCUCAGCUAGCAUUACUCUAUAGCCUUCAUUAUUCUAACACCAGACCUCUCAUUUGCAGGAAUAUCUUCACAGAAUUGGGAUUACACAUCAUGACAUAAAGCCUGAGAAUAUUCUUCUUAAUGAUAAAGUCUGACUGCUUGGGGAAAGAAGCUGUCAUGUAGUCGGCUGGUGCGGGUCCUGAUGCUGCGAUACCGCCUGCCUGAUGGUAGCAGUGAGAGCAGCCCAUGACUCGGGUGGCUGGAGUCUCUGAUGAUCCUCUGAGCUUUUUUCACACACCGCCUAGUGUAUAUGUCCUGGAGGGAGGGAAGCUCACCUCAGAUGAUGUUUCUGGCAGUUUGCACCACCCUUUGCAGGGCUUUGCCGUUGUGGGCGGUGCUAUUGCCAUACCAGGCGGUGAUGCAGCCAGUCAGGAUGCUCGCUACAGUACUAGUGUAGAACCGUGUGAGGAUGUGUUGGUUCAUUCCAAACUUCCUCAGCCGUCUCAGGAAGAAGAGGCGCUGGUGAGCCUUCUUCACAACGGCCUCAGUGUGGACAGACCAUGUGAGUUCUUCAGUGAUGUGGACACCGAGGAACUUGAAGCUGCUGACUCUCUCCACCGGUGCUCCAUUAAUGGUGAUGGGGCUGUGUUCUCCGUCUUUCUUCCUGAAGUCCACUACAAGCUCCUUGGUUCUACUGACGUUGAGGGAGAGGUUGUGCUCCUGACACCAGCGUGUCAGAGAAGUUUGUUAAAAUCCCUAACCCAAUAUUUGAGCAAUAGUUAUAUUGAUGCUUGCUCACCAUUAUUAAGAUGCCAAGUAAAUAGCUAUUACAGUAACAUACAGAUAUUGAAAUAUACUGAUUUGUAUAACUGCAAUUUGCAAGACUAGUGAUGCUUACUGAGGGGUACAGCAAAAGGAACAAAAAACGAAAACUAACAAAAUUUUAGCAGAACAACUGAAAACCUGAACAAAGUUAUUUUCAAUUGUUCCGGAGUGAAAUGUUAUUUUUAAAUGCUGGUAACUGGUUAUAUAACCAGUUAGUUUUGUUCCGAUACUUUUUUCAUGAAACUAAAGCUAUAGGUUACACAUGGAAACAGAGUUACACCAAUCAGGUAACCCCAGAUAACACAGAUUAAAAAAGAAAUAUGCAAAUGUAUACAUUAUUGUUUAUUUUUGGGAUUUUCAAUGUUUAUAAAUAAAGUUUA